UGUGGAUUUUUAUAAGUUGGCAACUUAAGUGCGAGGAAAUAAUUUGAAGUACUUGCCUAGGAGUACUUACACUUUGUGGUGGUUGAAAACAGAGAUAAUCGGAAAAAAAAGAAUUUAAGGAUCUAUAAGUGAAUCACCAAUGAAAGUUUCAUGAAAUAAAAGUUUUAAUAUGAACUAAAAUGUGUUAGUGCAAUAUAUAGAGACAGGUGCUGUUCCAAAUUGAAAUCCCCUUCACUGCAAUUGAUAAUCCACCAGCAGGACUCGCAAGGAUACUUUAUCAUUGACUGUUGUUGUUCAUUAACUAAACUUGCAACAGAGACUGCAGCUCACUGUCACUGCGCUAACAUCAGUUAACAAAGGAAGCAAGGAAGUACGAGUAUAUAAAAGCUGAAUUUAUUUAUUUUAUCCUAAAUGGGCGGUGGUGUCGUUUUCCUCAUUGUUGUGCCGACGGCGAACUUCGAACGCGAACUCGUCUAUGGUUUCUCGCCUGCUGGCAGCCAUGAAGUGCCACCGCCCACAGUACCACCUCAUCGUGCGCCCUUGCCGGCAGCCGCUACCACCACCACCAACACAGCAUCACCUUCAGUAAUGGCUGGCAAUAAUAAUCUCAACAUCAAUCUUCCGGAAAACAACAACGCCAUACUACGUCUCGAAGUCGAAUUACGUGAUAAGAAUGCGCCGAAAUACAAGCGCGGCAUGGGACGUGGUGUUGGUGCGGGUCGUGGUCAAUUUGGCGGCGGUGGUGGUGGUGGCCGUGGUGCAGCAUCGCCAGUUGGAAAACGUGCAGCGGCACCGGCCAAGUUGUUGGAUGAACAGAGUGUAAUUGUACCGUUGGAAAAGGUGCUUGAGGAGCUACUCACCAAACUGGAAAUCGAGCAUGUCACUUGGACAACGAGUCGAAAGGGCUACUUUCAUCACGUCGUCUUUCCAUUGCAGUCGGGCGAGCCAUGCGAAACAACGCUGCACUGUCUAACCCAACUGGGCAUUGGCACGAAAUUAAAUUCCAGUGUAAGCAUCAUACCAUGCAGUGUCACUUACGAUGCCCUCACAGAUGCUGUCAACAAGGAUGACUACAGCGAGGAUCCCACUGCUGAAGAGCUAUCGAAAUGGAAUGCCUUUGUCGAAUCAAUUAAAUCGAAACUAACCGUGAAACAAGUGGUUGAUGGCGUACGUUCUGGUGGAUCGUUGUCGUUCGAUUAUCUGCUCUUGAUUGUGACCGCUGACUCUUUGGCUGCGCUAGGUUUAAUUGAAAACAGCGCAACAAAUAUUGUGGCUGCCAUGUUGGUUUCACCACUCAUGGGACCGGUGAUGUCGAUUACUUUUGGUACAAUAAUUUCGGAUACACAGUUGGUUCGCUCUGGCUUCAUUUCUCUGGCUGUUGGAAUGUUUAUUUCGGUGGUUUUUGGAUUCAUAUUUGGCUUACUUUUGGGUACAACGGAAAUGCCAUGGGGCUCGGGUGACUGGCCAACAGAGGAGAUGAGUGGAAGAGGCAAUGCACGCUCCUUGUGGAUGGGCGUUUGUUGGGCUUUGACUUCUGGCACAGGUGUGGCUGUGGCUUUGCUGCAAGGCUCUGCUGGACCGCUGAUUGGAGUUGCUAUAUCCGCAUCGCUCUUACCGCCCAUGGUGAAUUGUGGUCUCUUCUGGGCAUUGGCUUGCAUUUGGCUAAUCUAUCCCGGCAUACGCAUACCGCACUUGAAGGGCGAGGCUUUGAAUGGCAAUUCGUCAUACCCAUUCCUCUACACGGACUAUCUACCGACGGAGUUCUUCGUCAAUGGCAUCAUCUCUUCGUUGCUAACGGUUGUCAAUAUUACGUGCAUUUUCACAACAGCCAUCAUAGUUUUGAAAAUCAAGGAAGUUUCGGCACCGUAUACGGCUAGUCCUGAUUUGAAGCGCUUUUGGGAAACCGACCUCCGUACGGUGCGAAAAACGAAUCGUUCGACAAUGCGACGCGGCAAGGGCGCUGGUGCUGGAUAUGGCGCAGGAGCUGGUGGUGCUUUCGGCGAUAUGGGAUUACCCGGCUAUCAGGGGCUGGAUGAGCCACGUACUCGUGAGUUGGACACUGUGUUGGAGCAGGCAUUGAAGGAGGCUGAGGACGAUGCUACAUUCAAGAAGGUCAAGCGCAUGAGUUACUCCAGCAAUGCGGCAGGUGGUGAGCUACCACAACGCUUGGCACGCAUGGCUGGUCUCAAUUUGCGCGACCCAAACACCGAAUUCGGCGUCAGCAAUAACUCCCCCUUCGGCAGCAACAGCAGCCGCACUGGCAGUCGCAUGAAUUCGAUGCGCAACUCAAAAAUGCAAGUCGACCUGAAGGCACUCGACAAACUUGUAUCUAAUCUGUUAGAGCAGCAUACAGCAGCUGUCAAAAGUGGCGCGGUAAAUAGCGCCACCGCAACAUUACCAUCAUCGUCGGGCAACGCACGGGGCACUUUGCCACAUCAGCGAAAAACCUCAGUUAAAUUAAAUCGUUGGCGUCCAACGUCACGUUCAGCGCAUUCCUUCAAUUUUGCCGAAAUCGGCAGCAGUGUCGGCGGUGGCGGACGCAACAUUGCCACUGAGCUGAGCAGCGCAAUGGGUAUUCCUAAUAUUGGCAGUAGUGGUGGCAGUGGUAGCGCAAUGCCAACGAUUAUGGAGUCUGGCAUUGGUGUGGCGGCGCAAAGCAUUGAUGUUGAUACCAGUGGAAGUGGUAGUGGUGGGGGUGCUGGCGCUGGUGGUGGUGGUGGUGGUAAUGGUGGUGGUAACGGUUGGUCGUCAUCCCUGGAGCGAAAUACACGUGCGGCACGAAAAGCGCUCAGUACUAUAGCCAAUGCGCCGCAACGACGCAGUCAGUCAACAAAUGAUGAGGAAACGUUAAAUCUGACGAAGCACUAUGUGCCUUAAGCGAUGUUGAGUUUGAAGAUUUUCGUGAUCAAAUGAUGUCACGUGUUGAAUGGUAUAUCGAAUUAAUGUAUAUCGAGAUGAUUGUUCAGUGUUGUUGUAAUUUGUUAUUAGUUUGAUUAAAAUGGAAUAUAGAAAACAUACACAAAUGACUUACACAGUAAA